ACCUGGCAACCCAGGCCGGGAGCGUCGCGGGGAUGAGCAGCGGUGUGGACGGCUGACUGCCAGUUAUGGAUUAGCCAACGUUCGCCCACUUACAAAUGUUAAGACGACGUUCCCGUGCGCGCGGUGGGGAGUUGUGUCCGUGUCGCGUCGCGUGCUUCUGGUUGUCGCACGGCGACGCGCCGGGUCCGUGUCCGUGUCCGUGUCCCCCCCACCACCACCACCACCACCGAGCUGUUAGCCAGAUUCUGAUGCGGGCCUUUCCUCCGGCAGGCUGCUCCUGAAACCGCACUCGGAAGACCGAGGGUACGAAGUGCCAAGGGCCUCACCAUGUCCAAGAGCAGGAGUCACGAGUCGGUCAAGGUGGUGGUCCGCUGUCGCCCCAUGAAUGAAAAAGAACGGGCGGCCAAAUUUGAACCGGUGGUCUCGGUCGACGUGAAACUGGGCCAAAUAAUGGUGAGGAACCCCAGGGAAGCUUCGGCCAGUGAACCCCCCAAAGUCUUCACGUUUGAUUCAGUGUACGACUGGAACUCCAAACAGAUAGAUCUGUAUGACGAAACCUUCCGGCCCCUGGUGGAUUCCGUUCUUCUCGGUUUCAACGGGACCAUCUUCGCCUAUGGACAGACAGGUACGGGGAAGACAUACACUAUGGAGGGGGUGAGAAACGACCCAGAGAGGAGAGGGGUGAUCCCGAACUCCUUUGAGCACAUCUUCACACACAUUUCACGGUCCCAGAAUCAGCAGUAUCUGGUGAGGGCCUCGUAUCUCGAAAUCUACCAAGAGGAGAUCAAGGACUUGCUGUCCAAGGACCAAUCCCAUCGCCUUGAGCUGAGGGAGAGGCCUGACACUGGCGUGUAUGUCAAAGACCUUUCAUCAUUCGUCACCAAGAGUGUGAGGGAGAUCGAACAUGUCAUGAAUGUGGGCAACCAGAAUCGUUCUGUGGGUUCCACGAACAUGAAUGAACACAGCUCCAGAUCUCACGCCAUAUUUGUCAUCACUGUUGAGUGCAGUGAGUUGGAUGAGGAAGAGGAGAACCAUAUCAGGGUUGGCAAGCUGAACCUGGUAGAUUUAGCCGGCAGCGAAAGGCAGACAAAGACUGGGGCUCAAGGGGAGAGACUUAAAGAAGCCACGAAGAUCAACCUGUCACUUUCUGCUCUGGGGAACGUUAUAUCAGCACUGGUGGAUGGCAGGAGCAGCCACAUCCCCUACCGAGAUUCAAAACUCACCCGUCUGCUGCAGGACUCGCUGGGGGGCAAUGCCCGCACCGUCAUGGUUGCCAACAUUGGUCCAGCUUCCUACAACGUGGAGGAGACUUUGACAACCCUGCGCUACUCCAACAGGGCAAAGAACAUCAAGAACAAACCACGCAUCAACGAGGACCCCAAGGAUGCCCUGCUGAGGGAGUUUCAGGAGCAGAUCGCCAUGCUAAAGGCACAGCUGCAGAAUCGCUCGGGAAAGAAAAAAAAGAGGAGGCAGAGGAGGAGGGCUGGGGAAGGGAGCGACAGUGAGGAUCUGGAAGAAGGAGAGACGGAGGGCGAUGAUGAAGAUGGAGACGACAAAGGAGAUUACUGGCGGGAGCAGCAGGAGAAGCUGGAGAGAGAGAGGAGAGCCAUCAUGGAGGAUCACAGUCUGGUGGCUGAGGAGAAAGUUCGGCUGCUCAAGGAGAAGGAGAAGAAAAUGGAAGACUUGAGGAGGGAGAGGGAGGCUGGAGAGAAGCUUUCAGCCAAGGUUAAGGCAAUGGAGAGUAAGCUCCUGGUAGGGGGGAAGAACAUAGUGGAUCACACCAAUGAGCAGCAGAGAAUGCUGGAGCAGAAGAGGCAUGAAAUCGCUGAACAGAAACGCAGAGAGAGAGAGAUGCAGCAGCAGAUGGAAAGUCGGGACGAGGAGACUCUGGAGCUGAAGGAGACCUACAGUUCCUUGCAGCAGGAGGUCGACAUCAAAACCAAGAAGCUAAAAAAGCUGUUUGCCAAGCUGCAGGCAGUCAAGGCAGAAAUCCACGACAUCCAGGAGGAACACAUUAAAGAGCGCCAGGAGCUGGAACAAACCCAGAACGAGCUCACCAGGGACCUCAAACUGAAACAUCUGAUCAUUGAGAACUUCAUUCCCUUAGAGGAGAAAAACAAAAUAGUCAACAGAGCUCACUUUGAUGAGGAGGACGAGUGCUGGAAGAUGAAGCCCAUCACACGCCUAGAGGAUGAACAUCAGAUGAUGACCAGGCCUCUGUCUGCAGUCGGCUACAGGAGGCCUCUCUGUCAACACGCCCGCGUGGCCAUGAUGAUGAAGACUGACAUGAGAUACAAAGCUGAAAACAUCCUGAUACUGGACAUGGACCUGCCAACACGGACAACUAAAGACUAUCAGGAGCCAGUUAUCGCCCCAACGGUGGCAGCCGCUCUGGAGGAAGCUCUCAGGGAUGAGGAUGAGAUCCAGGUAGAUGCCUCAGGCUUUCACAGCCGCUUGGGACCAACCCCACCAGCCAGUGCCAGCUCUAGCCUCAAGAAACCAAAGUCUGGUCGACCAAGAACUGGCAAGAAGUCGAGCACCCCGACGUCUCCUUUCAGCCCCUCCAGUCCGGGAUCGCCCCUUUACCCGAAACCCCGCGGCCUGGUGCCAAAGUGACAGCUUCUGUCACUACCACCAACCUCUUCCAUGCACCUUUCCACUUUGGGACUAAACUUUGAGAGAAUGCGUUCGGUUCUGUCAAAGGUUGUUUUUUUUUUGUCCAGACUACAGAGUCUUGGAUUCGUUAACAAACUUAUACUAAUACUGCUUUCUAGGUUUUAACUGUAACCACGCCACUGUUUACUGUUGUUAUGAGCUUUUCCAUUUGGAGAUUUGAAGCCCACUCAAUACUGAGUGUGAGUCAGAACAACACCAGGACAGCAGCCAUGCAUGAAGCCUCACUACACUCAACACUGCUAUCAGCUGCUAUUGAUGUCUUAAAUUUCACACACAGUUUCACAAAGUUCUUAAUGUACAGAAAAAAAAUGCAGGUGGGCUUGGAGGCUCACUCUUGAUUGACCAUGGUAGCUUCAAUGCACUUCCUCUCCCUCUUCGCAUCUUCCCAGAAGUGUUUGGUCGUCCUCUCUCUUGGGGUUUGAUGUGAAGACACAUGGACAAGGCAGCACUCAUUGUGUCGACGAGUCUGUCAGUUUGCUGUUGUACGUCCGGCUGUAUAUCUUAUGUCUGACUCUUUUUCUUCUGAUAAAAAGGUGGUAUGUGUUGUUUUGUGUCUUUAAGGGAAUCGUUCGACAUUUUGGGAAAUGUGCUUUCUUACUUUGUAAGAGUCAGAUGAGAUAAUCAACACCACUCGGCUGUCAGAAAAAGCUGGAGGUAAUCAGCCUGUCUUCACUCAUGGUGACAACAAGGCUUAGUGAAGUCUUUAUGCUAAGCUAAGCUAAUCAACCGCUGGCUGUGGCUUCAUGCUUUUACACUGGAGUAGACACUGGAGUACCGAGAAAGGUAUUUCUUAAAAUGUUGGACUGUUCCUUUAAGCUGUGUACGAUUGUAAAUGUUCAGAACACAUUCCAGACUCGGCCUCUGUCACAAGUUGCUGUUAUGAGUGGACGAUGUUCUUCCUGAGGCACGAGACAGAGGCGGGUAAUGAUGGGAGAGAGCUGCGCACAUUGACACAUGACUCUGCAGUUGGCCACCACACAUCCCAGAAGCAGACGAAUGCUGAGCACACCCCGGGUUACUCCACAGUUAAGCUGGAUCAAGGCUCGACGCAUCGGCCAUUGCGCGCGUCAACUGUGAUGUCGCCGCAGUGCCAGAUUAUUUUAUGCUUGCACUUCCGGCGUGCCUGCCAUGUUGCAGUCUUCACCCAAACAAAAGGUGUCUCUGCUGACCAAAGCGGGUCGUUCAACGGGAAAGAAAAGCCGAUUUUAUAAGCCUGCUUUCAGAAAUGCGACUCAAAAGAAGGUGGUCUGUUUGUCCUUUGACGGAGCGUCUGUCUCCAGAUGUUUCGAGAAUGAAUCCUGCUUUUUCUCUUCCAUUGAUGCAGUGCCUCAGAUUCGUCAGUGUUCCAUGGUGCCUUAACGUGUGCCCUUCAUCUCUGCUCCUUAAUUUGAAGAGCAUGCGCGCGUUUGUUGAGGCCCGAGGUGUCAUCACUUUGUCUGCUCAAUCAUUCUGACGUCCGGGCUAUAUCUUCAGUACGCCCCCGACAGUCCUGUCAGGCUGGAGGUGCAGUAAUUAGAUGGAGAGGCAGAGCAUGUGGACACAGCAUUUAUCUGGCUAAGCGCCACAGGAAGAGAAGGCAGACACAUUGUUGUUAUUAUUCAAAUGUUUCAACCCAUCUACCUUUGUCUGAGUCUGACGCUGCUGCGUUCACACCGGACUGGUCACCAGCAGGUUGUUGGUAUUAACUAGGGCUAACUAGCUAGUUACUUCUUCACCUGCUCACAAUACAAUCGUGAUCCACACACAGCGACAGUAGUGAUCCUCCAUUCAUGAUACAAUGACAGCACAUCUGACGACAAUGACAGAGGGAGGAUCUCAAUGCUCAUUGGCUAUCGCGUGAACGCGUCACAAGCGGCUGACGUGAAUUUGCUGUCGAGCUACUCACCAUUCGCGUCACGUGUCUAGUCGUGUAUUUGUAUUGACUUACUGUAGUAUGUAAUCUUGUCGCACCAAAAAAAUGUCAUCACGUCCGGUUUGAACGCAUCAUGUGAGAAAACAACUGAUUAGUCAAACGGAAAAUUAAAACCCAGCGGGGGUUCAGUCCAUGUCCCAUCUGCUUACGUGGAGGGGGUGGCGUUUAUGGCAGUUCCCCCUGCCACCCACCAGGGGGUGUUCGAGGUGAUUUGGCUUCACUUUUGGGUGACGUCAAUUCGUCCAUCUUCGUCUACAGUCGGUGAUGUGAGCACAAACAAUUUCUAACCUCCAUGGUCCAGCCUGCCUCGCUGCUGCUCUUCGUUGCCCAUACUCUACCUGUGAGGGGUGUGCUGUCCACUCGCUGUUGCUGUGAGGGCUCUUACAGGCCACUGUGACCUUGAAACUGGCCUGGGUCAAAUGGCGAAUGAAAUCCUCCCAAAUACUUGAUAUGUGCAGUGGAUUGUUGAGGAGGCGUCACCAUGACGCCCAGCUCAGCUGAUAGAAGUUGAAAGUACUGCUGUUUGGCCCAUGCCUACAUACAUGAAUACAUACAUGUAUUUAUGUAUGUUAGAUAAGUAACAGUGACUCUAGGCUGUUUGAGAUCAAUCCUCAGUCAUUCUUGCAGCUGUAAAAAAAGAAAAAAAAUAUUGAAAGAAAAGUCUAACUUAUUACAAUCUUUCAUUUUUAUAUACAGAUGUAGAUAUAAUUUUCUAUUCAUUUUUUUCCUUUAAAAUAGAUUUUUAUUUUUUGAGCUCUGUAAUUUAAUGUUGAAAUUUGUUUUUUGCGUGUUACAUUAUCUCUUGUAUUCAGCAAGGUACAUGCUUUUCUCUCUCUCUGUGUGUGUGUGUGUGCGAGCGCACUUUUAAAUGUGUCUGUUGUUGAGUUCCACACAUAUGAAAGUGCGUGUCACCUGUAGAUUCAUGUCACAGCUGAGUAUUUACAUGUUGACAUGUUCAUAAACACAACCAUAAUCUUUUAGAAGGAGCCCUGAUUGUUGUAAACUAACACUGCAAUGUCGUGAACCCCGCCGCAUGACUUUAGCACGCGUGAGUAAUACAUGUGGUUGAGCGACUAUUCAUCACUCAUAGGAAUCUGCUACGCAGAAUUUGAAUGUCUCAAUGUACCUGAAAAGCUUUGCGUCUGUAUCCUGUAGCUACAUCACUGGAUCAAACUGCAUAUCUAAGACUUUUGUGACCAACUUUGAUGCUGGUGUUGAUUUUGUAGCCAAACGACGGUUGCUGGUGCACUUCGGUCUGCGGCUGUCUAAGUCUUUUAAAUAUUUAGUUUCUUUUGAUUAUUAAAAACAAUUAAAUGAUAA